UCUAAGUAUUUAGAGAUUUACCAGCGUAGUUUUAAGUUUUAUGAUAGUGUUAAUAACUUCGAAUUUGGGGUAUCAAGUUCAUAUUAGUGGCGUUGCAGAUUACAAUUAUGUUAAAAAUAAUAAUGUUCCAGAAUGUUUUUCUUCCUCUAAUGAUGUUUCACCCGUGUGUGCUCAGUACAAAUCCCCUACAAACGCAUUUACUUGGACCUGGCGAUCAAUACAUGUACAAGCACACAGAGGAUGUCUACAACCAUCUGAUCGAUCUGACAAACUUCACAUUUCUUACAAACCCAACGCCGUGUAACGACCAACUGCUUCUGUUGGUGAUGGUCACGUCAAAAUGGACGCAUUACGAGAGGCGGAGGUGGAUCCGAGAGACGUGGAAGGCUCCAUGGGAAUGGGCUAGAGUGAUAUUCCUGAUUGGAGAGCCCAGUACAUCCAACGCAGCUGAUCUCCAGAGCAUUCGAAACGAGAGCAAGCAUUUUGGUGACAUUGUGUUGGGAAACUUUGUGGAUGUGUAUUUCAAUGUGACGUAUAAACACACGAUGGGGUUGAAGUGGGUCGCUCAUCAUUGUCCAGUUGCAAAAUACAUUUUGAAACUUGAUGACGAUGUGGAGGUGAGGCCGGCGGAGUUCAGAGAGUUCCUCGGCCAGAGGCUGUCGCCGUGGGGCGCUCGGAGGCUGAUAGUUUGUAAUUGUUACGUGAACCAGGUUCUGCAAUCGAAGUACAAGAUGUUCGUCAACCAGUACUGCGGUAAUGGCGCUUUGUGCCCCGGUUGGGUGAUGCUUUACUCCCAAGAUGCCGUUCAGGACGUGCUCAAAGUCAUCCAAUCCCUCCCGUACAGUAGACUCGACGACAUCCACAUCACCUUGACCUGUGCAGCCAUACUGGGAAUACCUAAGAUCCCGCUGAAUUACUUGGAGAGAAGCUGGAGAAUGAGGUUUAAACCAGACACGCUUAUUAAUAGCUUCCCAUGGCCUGUGAACCGUGAAAAUCAUUACAUAUUUCGACUCUUACAUUGAUACACACACUACACACUCAAUUUGUGUGAUUUGUCCGUAUGUAUUUAUUUAUUUAUGUCUCCUGAUACAAGUUGCAACUUACGUUUUAUCGCAGUGAGACGCAGUCAACCAAUCACAGUGUGGCAUUGUGAUGCGACCGAUAUGUAUAUGGGUAUAUAUAUAUUUUUUAAUUAUUAUGAAUAUAAUUAAAUAUAUUUGGACAAAUUACCCCAAAGUACUAUACGAAACUAACUCAACGAUACUAUAUUCUAUAACAUAUGUAAUAGAUAAGAAUCCAAGACCCGGGUCAAUCUGAAAGUCUUGUCCUCUCACUUGCCCGUUUUUUUUUUCAAUUGUUCUACUCUUUCUCAUUUGAGCGUUUUACUAUUUAUUAGCGUCAUUUUAAACUUAGAUGUUCAGAACAGAUGUGAUGGUUCAGUAACUUAGUGAGGUGUUGUAUUAAUUUUUUUUA